GCAAGUGAAAGAACGUCGCACGUCGAACGGCAGAACGGACGGACGGUUGAAGAUAUGUUUAUGUACAUAUGUAUGUAUACUAUAUAGUGUGAAACGGUACGGUUAAAGGCGCAAAUUUAAAGUGAGAUACAUGAAGAAAAACUGAAGGUGAACGCAUAACGCUGAGGAUAUAGUGAGCAUGGAACACACGACAACAACAAUAAGCAAAGAGAAACAUAAACAAAUGGCUGAUGAAUAAAAAUUAAAAACAGAAUCUAAAUAAAUAUGCGAGAGGGUAUUAGAGCGCAUUUCAAACAGUGUCGCAAGUAAAGUAAAAUUUAUUGAUUUUAAAAUACAAAAGAGCGCUAAAGUCAGCGCGAUCGAAAUUCAAGCCGACGAACAUAAAGUGAGAAAAGAUUUCAACAGUGUUUUAUUUAAAUUUGUGUGUGGGUGUUUCUACAACACAGCUCAGAUAAGUGCGCUCACUUCCGUUUACCCACUACAGUGUGCUCCCCAUCCCCCCAAAUACUAUUACAAUCGAUACCACAUGGCCGACGAGAGCACCACCGACAGUCCGCGUCCCUUUCGCCGCGAACGUAAUCUAAGUAAUCGAAAUUUCGCCAAGCGCCGCUCCUCGCGACGCGUUAGUACUGAGAGCCACAGCUCAGUGGAGUCAUUUAAUCUAAGUGCGGCUGAGAGCACCCACACUUCCAGCUCAGUGAGCUCAGCGCACGAGCACAAUUCCAGCGCAAGUCACAAUCACAGUACGCCGAGUAGCAGUGGCAGUAGUGGUUCGCAUUCGCUUAGUGUCGCCAGUAGUCAAUUACAGUAUUCAUAUUCGGUACAUUCGGACACGGAAAGUGCUUUUUAUCGCGCAUCCACGCGUAGAAUGGUACCACCACCAUUGCCCAUAACUGGGCCACCACACAAUGACGAUGAAGAGGUGCCGGCGACGGCGCCGAAUCAAGAUGAUGGCGCUGCUGCCGAAGCUGAGCAACAACCUACGCCAACAGACCCUGCCUUGUUGGGUGUACGACAAAAAGUUCAUCGCUUUGAGACGUUAACAGCAGAGCAGCGUAUUUUGUUCAAAACGGGUCGUCAUCAGCUACGUAAACAACAGCAGCACAACACACAUACAGAUGCCGCGGCGUCAACCGCAGCUGAUGUGACGGCCUCGCCUGGCUUGUGGCGUGUCUUUCCGCCAGCGAUGCGUCGCUCCACACCUGAUGCGGAUAGCUCGGCAGGUGGUCGUCAUUCGACGGCUAGCUCUUUUCACACCUCCAUCGAUGAGGAACGUUCGGUGGACGAUGUGGAUGACUUCUCUGAUUAUGCAGAAGAUGAGCAUGCUGCGCGCGCAGCCGAAGCCGGUAUCGAUGGAGCGGCUGAGCAUCUUGUGCCCGAGGAGGCGCAUGAAUUACGCGAGGAUGUGGUGCCAUCACCGGUGCCUAGUUACACGCCAACACAUGAUGAUGAUGAUGAUGAUGAUCAGCAAGUGACAGCGCACGCUGUGGAAUUGGGUGUGGAUGAUUUUGGUAAAGUGGAAACGGUACGUCGCACUGUGUGCUCGGCCACAAUGCCGAAGAGUAGGACGAAAAAGCAGCAGCUAGCCGAAGAUGAGAGUGGCGCAACGACAGCGAGUAAAGAUUUUCCCAGAAAUUAUCGCUCAGCGUCACGUCCAAAGACUGAAAUUAUUGGCACCACAAAUCAUCCGAUCAUUGAUAAGUGCAAAUCGCUCUACCAGCCAAGAGAUGAACAUGAAGAGGAAGCUGAGGCUGUAUUGCGCGAUAAGAGCUCGCAGCAUAUCAAACCCAUUCUGGAUGAACUUAUAAAAACAGAGGAGACUUAUGUGGAGAAUUUGCGCAUUGGUUUGGAGAAUUAUGGAAAUAUAUUUGCACGGAAAGACCUGCCCAUUGGAUUGCGUGGCAAAAAAUAUGUGCUGCUUGGUAAUAUUGGUCAGAUCUAUGAAUUCCAUUUGGAGGAAUUUCUACCAAUGUUGCACGCGAACAGAAGAGACUUGAAGCGAAUAUUUGACGAAUUUCAGCACUACAUUGAUAAAAAUUUGUUCUAUUGCUACGUCAUAUUUACAAUGAACAAACAACGCUCGCUCAAAUUAUGUGAUACCUAUAAAAAUUAUUUUAAGCGCAUACAAAACGAAUUGGAUGACAAGUUGGGCAUUAAUAGCUUCCUGGUCCAGCCCAUACAGCGAAUGGCUCGAUAUCCACUGCUGCUGCAACAAUUUAUCACGACCCUCUUCAAGCACCGCGACUUCGAAAUCAAGCCACUGCUUGAGUCCUGCUGUCGGCUGGAGAAGAAAAUGCGCACACUGCUCACCACAACCAACGAAUCGGAAGUAAUUAACGACAUAAUCGAGUGCAAUGAGUUCAACGUCUUUCAUCAGGGCAAAUUCCGCAAGGUCAGCGACUUCUCGGUGACGGAUCACACGCUCAGACGCAGCUAUCGCGGCAAAGUCUUCAUCUUCGACAAGUGCAUCAUCUACACCGAAAUCAAGGGUAAACAUCUGAUCUUCCACGGUCGCUAUCCCUGCGAACACAUUGGCAUAUUGGCAAAGACGAAACAUUUUACACUCUUCUAUGAGCGUCGCAAGCAACAGGAAUGCGAUUUCCAUGCUGAACCGCAGGUGAUCGAGCUAUGGUUGGAGUUGAUACGCGACAUGAUCAGUUCAUUUGUGAUGGAGGAGCGUCAAAAGUUGCAAGAUCGCUAUGCGCGUGAGGGCGAGCAGCAGUAUAGAAAGCCGGUAAGCUUGUCACUGUUCCGCGAUUCGAAUCGCUUCAGUUCGGACAGUGGCAUCGGUAAUAUUUGGGUAUUGCCGAAGCCAGAGGCUGAAUCGGAGGUGGCGAAUAAUCGUACGACAUGGUAUGCAGUCAAUUGAAUUUAGAGCGGCAAAGCGACGUUUAUGUACACACAUACAUAUAACUGUGUAGACCAUGGAGAGCACGCACCCAUUAAAAAAAUAAUGUAUGGAUUACUUAAUAUCAAAAUCGGGCAAUAAAUGAGUCACAAUCCAUUCGGAGCAGUAAACGAGCAAUCAAGGCAUUUUUUGUAGUUUUUCCAAAAACUUUAUUGAUUCCUCGCUUUUUGAUACGUUUUGGCGUAAUAAACGAGCUAAGGAAUAUGCGAAGAUUGACCUCGUUUCGGAGGUCAAGAGAAGCUCAAAAGAAUACUCUCUUUAGCCUCUUUUAGGCGCUCAAAAGAAGUGCUCGCCCGUAAGGAUAUCGACGCUGAGUGGAAGAUCGACCUAUCUCGGCAGCCAGUUCGAAAACGCCCUAUCUCAAAAAACUUUUCAAGAACGCCCUA